AUGAAGUCUUCCAUCCUGCUCAUGGGAGCGGUCACGACUGUGAUGGCCGCGCCCGCUACCCACAACUACCAAUUGCAUGAACGUCGUGAUGUGAUCCCCAGUUCCUGGAUUGAGGGUACGAGAUUGGAUGGCAAGACGUUGCUUCCCGUGAGAAUCGGGCUGACCCAGUCCAACCUGGACCAUGGCCAUGACCUCCUCAUGGAUGUGUCGGAUCCGUUUUCCCCGAAUUAUGGGCAGCAUCUCUCCGUCGAGGAGGUGCACGACCUGUUUGCACCUGCUAAGGACAGUGUGGAUGGCGUCCGCUCCUGGCUGGAGGAAUCCGGCAUCCCGGCCGAUCGUAUCUCACAGUCGGUGAACAAGCAAUGGAUUCAGUUCGAUGCAGAUGCCGAGGAGGUGGAGAAGCUGAUCAAGGCCGAGUACUAUAUGUACUCCCACGCGGAGACUGGCAAUUCCCAUAUCGUGUGCCGAGAAUACCACGUCCCGCACCACCUGCGUGACCACAUUGACUACAUCACCCCGGGCAUUGCCCUGCGCGAGGUGAAUGGCAUUUCUAAGGCCCGCCGCAGUCUCCAGAAACGUGGUUUCAACGGCCUGCCCCCUAUCAUUGAAAAACUUACGGUGUCCAUCGAGCAGCUCUUGGACAACCUUCUUGACCUUUGUGACGUUGCCGUCACCCCGGCCUGUAUCAAGCAAUUGUAUAACAUCCCCGAGGGUACGACAUCCACCAAGGGCAACGAGCUAGGCAUUUUCGAGGACAUUGGUGAUGUCUACGCCCAAGACGACUUGGACUUGUUCUUCACCACGCUGGCGAUGAAUAUCCCUUCGGGCACUCACCCCAUCCUCAAGGCCGUUGAUGGCGCCACGGCACCGACCACGGUGACGAACGCUGGUCCCGAAUCGGACUUGGACUUCCAGAUCUCAUACCCCAUCAUCUGGCCGCAGAACUCGGUGCUCUUCCAGACUGACGAUAUGCACUACGAGAACGACUACACUUUCCGGGGUUUCCUCAACACCUUCCUGGAUGCCAUCGAUGGCUCCUAUUGCAGCGAAAUCUCGCCUCUUGACCCGAAGUAUCCGGACCCCAACGGAUACAAGGGUAAGCUGAUGUGUGGCGUCUAUAAGCCGACCAAUGUCAUCUCCAUCUCGUACGGCAGCGCCGAGGCCGACCUUCCCAUCUCUUAUCAGCGUCGCCAGUGCCAGGAGUUCAUGAAGCUUGGUCUCCAGGGUGUAUCGGUUGUGGUCGCCUCGGGUGACUCUGGUGUGGCCGGUCGUGGUGGGGAUCCUACUCCUAGCAAUUGUUUGGGCAAGGAUGGCCAAAUCUUUGCCCCUGACUUCCCUGCCACCUGCCCGUAUCUGACGGCUGUGGGCGCGACUUACCUUCCCACGGGCGCUAGUGCCAAGGGCAGCAAUGAGGUGGCUGUGUCGCGUUUCCCAUCGGGUGGUGGUUUCAGCAACAUCUACGAGCGGCCUAAUUACCAGGCGCAGGCUGUGAAGGACUAUUUCAACAAGGCCCAGCCCACCUACCCCUACUACGAGAGCGUCAACAACAACAGCUUUGGCGCCAAUGGCGGUAUCUACAACCGCAUUGGCCGCGCCUAUCCCGACGUCUCUGCCAUUGGCGAUAACGUGAUCAUCUUCAACGCGGGUGCUCCCACCUCGAUUGGUGGUACCUCUGCCUCAUCGCCUGUGUUCGCUUCCAUCCUCACCCGGAUUAACGAGGAGCGUCUGGCAGCCGGCAAGAAGACCCUGGGCUUCGUCAACCCUACCUUGUACGCACACCCAGAGGCCUUCUUCGAUAUCACCUCCGGUAACAACGCGGGCUGCGGUACCAACGGCUUCAAUGCUACCGAGGGCUGGGACCCCGUUACUGGACUGGGCACGCCCAACUACCCUGCCCUGCUGAAAGUCUUCAUGAGCUAG